AUGCAAAGGGACCUAUUCGGGAAAGGGCACGGGCAGAGGAGCAAUAAGGGUGGCCGGAACGAUGCGCCUUUCAGCAGGCUAGGAUGCCAGCUAGUUUUUGGAGGAGCACCCCAGAUCAACGCCGAACUGUUCGAGUUGUCACCGGAUGGUACGAAAUGGCUGAUGGUGGACAGUCGAAUGAUGUAUAUCUCGGUCUAUCGUAAUGAGGCGGAUCGAGUCAGAAUUGCAGCCGUUUCACAGACCGGCAGAACAGCACUGGACACCGUGCUUCGGCAAAGAUCAAAAAGUCGAGAAGAUCAGCGACUGCUUUGUGUACUGGCGGAAUGCGGAUGGACGAACCCUAGGGGUGAAUACGUUGACAGCCAAGGAUGCUGCACUGUUUCUCACCCAUACGGCUCCAUCGACCACCCCGAUCACUACGAUGGUCCAACACAACGUAAUCGCUCAGGGAUCCCGAGGGACUAA